CUAUAUAGUUUUAAAUUGUAAUGUAGCUUUUUGUUUCCCCUCUCGAGCUAGAUUGAAUGAAAUUGCAACCAAUUGAUGAUUGAUGGAGCUCGAGUCCUAAUAUCCACUUUGGUUCGAAUCAGUAAAAGCUAAGUAACUUUGUCGUUGCCUUGCCUUCUACGGUCGUGGCUGAAAUUCAAAGCAAGAAGAUUACAAAUAUUUGUGAAGUCGGUUUCUUUCACUUUAAUAUUUGCCGCAGUUGUAGUUUUUCAAUGACGCGUCUAAGGCACCCUGGAAAACGUUUAUACACUUCAAACACUCCAUUGCUGUCUCCUCCUCCUUCCCCUCUUUCUUCCUCGCCCCGACCGCCUCUUCCUCCGCAAACCCACUCCACCGUCUUUUUUUCCCGGCCGCCCUACCAGAUUCACUCUGCCUGAAAUGGCGGCGGCGCCGUCACGGACCGCAAUCUGGUCGGGGCACCGGUCAACUCGCUGCAACCAGAUUUGAUUUUCUUCUUCUUCUUUUUUUCUCUCUAGCUUAAUAAUUUAUUCUAUUUGGUAAAUCUAUCUUUCCGAUACACUGUGAUAAUAAUGGAGGAGGAGAAGGAAGCCACAGCGAGGAAGCUUAUUGAGGUGGUGAACGAGAUUUCGGGCAUUCCGGACUUCAGGUCGGCGGUGAAGAGGCAAUUCUGCACUCUGGCGCGGCGGCUGAAGCUUCUGACUCCGAUGUUCGAAGAGAUUCGCGACGGCAAAGAGAAGCUCCCUCAACCCUCCAUGGAUGCUCUGCUCUCCUUGAACCUCGCUCUCCAGUCUGCUAAGGAUUUGCUCAAAUUCGGCGGCGAGGGCAGCAAGAUUUUCCUGGUGUUAGAAAGGGAUCAAAUCUUGAGUAGAUUUCAAGACGUGACAAUCCAGCUGGAACAAGCUUUGAGUGAAAUUUCUUUUGAAGAGCUUGACUUAUCAGAUGAAGUUAAAGAACAGGUUGAGCUUGUUCUUUCUCAGUUCAGAAGGGCCAAAGUGAAGGCAGAUACACCGGACGAUGAAGUAUAUGAUGAUUUGUUUUCCCUUUACAACAUAAGUAGUGAGACUGCUAUAGAUCCAGCAGUGUUAAGGAGACUGGUAGAGAAGUUAGAACUAACCGGAAUAACCGAUCUCACACAAGAAUCUGUAGCUUUGCAUGAGAUGGUUACUUCUACCGGUGGGGAUCCAGGAGCGACCAUAGAGAAGAUGUCAAUGCUAUUAAAGAAGAUUAAAGAUUUUGUGCUGACCGAAACUGAGAAUGAAAAUGCUAAUUGUUCCUCCUCCGCCAAUGAAAACACUUCUAGUUCUGGACAAACAUCUAUGGAGGGAAGCAAUAAGACAAACCCAGUAAUACCAGAUGAUUUCCGCUGCCCUAUUUCUCUGGAGCUGAUGAAAGAUCCGGUCAUUGUUUCAACAGGACAGACAUAUGAACGUUCUUGCAUUGAGAAAUGGAUAGAAGCCGGACACAGCACUUGCCCAAAGACGCAACAGCCCCUCACCCACAACAUUCUCACCCCCAACUACGUCUUACGCAGCCUUAUAACCCAAUGGUGUGAGGCAAACGGGGUCCAACCGCCCAAACGGCCCGGCGCUUCUUUGUCCCGUCACACAAAAUCGUCCUCGUCGUCGACCGUCGAGGAGUGUAAGAUAGAAACUCUGAUAUCCAAACUCAGAUCCGGCAACCCAGAAGACCAACGGGCCGCCGCGGGCGAGAUCCGGCUUCUCGCCAAACGGAACGCCGACAACCGUAUAGCCAUAGCAGUCGCCGGUGCCAUUCCUCUGCUGGUCAGCCUUUUAUCCGUACCCGAUUCCCGUACCCAAGAGCACGCGGUCACGGCGCUACUCAACCUAUCCAUAUGUGAGGAUAACAAAGGGUCUAUCAUGUCCUCCGGUGCGGUCCCCGGCAUCGUGUAUGUCCUAAAGAAGGGAGGCAUGGAGGCACGGGAAAACGCGGCGGCGGCCCUUUUCAGCCUGUCGGUGGUGGACGAAAACAAAAUAAUAAUCGGCGGUUCCGGAGCCAUUCCCCCAUUGGUUGCUCUGUUAAAUGAGGGGAGCCCAAGGGGGAAGAAGGACGCCGCCACGGCGCUUUUCAACCUGUGCAUCUAUCAAGGGAACAAGGGGAAGGCGGUGAGGGCCGGGGUGGUCCCCACGCUAAUGCAGAUGCUGACGGAGCCGCAUGGCGGCAUGGUGGACGAAGCGUUAGCCAUACUCGCGAUACUGGCCAGUCACCCCGAAGGGAAGUUAGCCAUUGGGGUCGCGAAAGCCUUGCCGGUCUUGGUUUCGUUCGUGGCGAGUGGGUCCCCCAGGAACAAAGAGAACGCGGCGGCGGUUUUGGGUCACCUGUGCUCGGCUGAGCAGAACGUGGUGGAAGCUCAAGAGCUGGGAUUGAUGGGUCCUUUGCUUGACUUAGCCCAGAACGGGACGGACAGAGGGCGGCGGAAAGCCUCACAGUUGCUUGAGAAAAUUAACAGACAUGUUGAGCAACAGAAGCGGGCGGCGGUGGUGGCGGCCGCCGAGUUGCAAACCGCCGAUAAGCAGUUGCAGCAGCCAGACACAUCUGUGGCUGGGUUGAAUUGAUGAGAAAAUCUUUCGUUUGGGUUUUUGGUUUUCAUGGCUCUUUUUCAAACAUUUUCAGUGGGGUGUGGGUGGAAGAUCGCCCCAUCCUUUCCAUAUAUACAUAAUUAUACAUAUAUGUGUGUGUGUGUGUGUGCUGUUAUACACAUUUGUUCUUUUCAUCAUGUAUCCAUGGCAAGGAUUAAUUAAAGGCUGAUUUGGUUA